AUGUUCAGGCCAUAUGAGCGAGAAUCCAGAGAGGUGGACCGCCCACAGAGAAGCAGGAAGCCGCCAGAAUAUCUACGGGACUACGAGGUCAGUUACCCUGAGAGGUACCACGUACCCUAUGAUGACCAGACUAAGCGGCUGUCUUCUCCAGAGAUUAUCAGGUCCAUUCAUAACAUGAGAGAGGAAAAUCAGAAGCUGUCUAGAGAUGUCCAACGCCUUGUAGACAUGAUCCAAAGUGCUCCUGCAGCAUCCUCACACCCCCAGUCACUGCCUGAGCGCCAGAAGGAAACCUCUACACCAGCACCCACCAGUAAGCAGACGGCAGCAAGUGGUUUCCGGGACCCACGUCCGCCUACUCUAAGUGCCCUACCAGGGAUCAGAGAGAAGUUUCUCCUACUCGACCAGGCAACGGGAAUGACAUAG